UUCCUGCCGCUGCCGCCGCCGCCGCCGCCGCCGACCCCCAUCCUGCCGCCGUCUCCGCCCCAGUCGCCGCCGUCUCUCAUCCCGUAGUCACCCCUCUCAUCGCGUCCCUCCUUAGCACGCCCAGAACCCCCGAAGUAGGAUGCGUCGGACUCGGCUCCGACGGGGGUCGCCGCCGGUACUCGCCAGACCUGACGCCGCCGGUCGUGGUUCCUCGUCGAGCGCACCAAGGACAAGCGGGUAAGGCCCUCCACGGACCACUCACGCAAAGCCGUUUGACGCCGUUCCACUCGACGGCGGCGACCAAGUUGCUGUACAAAAUCCAGUUGCUCUGAUGUAUUGAUCGAUUGAUGAUGUCCACAAUUUAGUUGCUCUGAUGCACUAUUGGACUAUUGAUCGACCGAUGCCGUCCAAAAUUCAGUUUCUCUGAUGUAUCGGUCGAUUGAUGCACCAUGCUGUCCAAAAUUUCAGUGGCAUACUGGCCUUUUACAUGUGAUUAGAGCCGAGUCCGACGCGUCCUGGGGUGUCUGAUGUAUUGGUCUAAUCACAUGCAUCUUCGCGGUGGCCGCAGCAGUCAAGUCAGUUCUCAUCUACCAGCCAUGUGCAUCUUCCUGUUUGGAGGACAAGCACAGCAUAGCACAGCGAAAGUGGUGCUGGAGAGAGACAUGACGAGUCAUCAAUGAUCUCUGAUUCUGGCCCAACGCGGUUCACGCUGUUCACAUGAAAAGUCGGGAUGGUGGAGCAAAGAUGCAAACGCCUGAGGGAGUAUUAUUCAGAAGAGAGCAGGGGAGCCCACUGAAGACUUCGGCACACUUAUCUCCGCUUCCUUCUAUUUCCACCAACGGCAGUAACCCCUGUUCUCCCCACAGCAACCUUGGCGAAAGAGCUCCACACGGGAGGCGCCGGCGAAUUGGAUCUGAUCGAUUUUGGGUGUCGCUCAGCUGCAGUUUCUUGACUUCUUCCCCCGAUCUGCAGCACCAUGGCCGAAUCACUGCUUCUCCCUUUGGUGCGCGGCGUGGCCGGCAAGGCCACAGACGCGCUCGUCCAGACCGUGACCCGGAUGUGUGGUCUCAACGACGACUGCGAAACGCUGGAGCGCCAUCUGCUAGCCGUUGAGUGCAAGUUGGCCAACGCCGAGGAAUGGAGCCAGAGCAAUGCCUAUCUCAGGAGCUGGAUGGAGAAGCUCAAGGCUGUUGCCUACGAGGCCGACGACGUCCUCGAUGACUUUCAGUAUGAGGGGCUGCGCCGUGAAGCCCGGAUCGGCAAGUCCACUUCCCGAAAGGUACUUGGCUACGUCACACGCCGCAGCCCGCUGCUCUUCCGUUUUGCCAUGAGCAGGAACCUCAAGGGAGUCCUCGAGAAGAUCAAGGGGCUGGUCGAGGAGAUGAACAUGUUUGGCCUUGAGGAUUCUGUCAAUCGGGAGGAGCGGCAGCAUACUUGGCGGCAGACACACUCCAAAUUGGACGAGACCAACAAGAUGUUUGGAAGAGAUGAUGACAAGGAGGGAGUGGUGAAGUUGCUGCUAGACCAGCAAGAUCAGCAGAAGGUGCAGGUGCUGCCCAUCUUUGGUAUGGGAGGUAUUGGCAAGACGACACUUGCUAAGAUGGUGUACAAUGACCGAGAGGUCCAACAUCAUUUCAAGUUGAAGAUCUGGCACUGCGUGUCAGAUAAUUUUGAUGUUAUUGCUAUUCUGAAAUCCAUCAUUGAAUUGGCUAUAGAUGAUUUGCCAGAAAACGAAAAGACAUUGGCUAGAAAGGGAGGUUGGUGCAUGUCUGGCAACAUUGAAUUAUUGCAGAAGAAACUUGAUGAAGUCAUUGGGGGGAAAAGAUUUUUACUUGUUCUCGAUGAUGUAUGGAAUGAAGAAAAAGGGAUGUGGGAUGAUGAAUUGAAGCCACUAUUGUGUUCUGUUGGUGGACCAGGAAGCGUUAUCGUGGUCACAUGUCGAAGCAAGCAAGUGGCCUCUAUAAUGUGCACUGUUAAGCCCCAUGAGCUAGCAUUUCUAAGUGAAGAAGAUUCAUGGGAAUUGCUUUCGAACAAAGCAUUUAGCAGUGGUGUAGAGGAGCAAGCAGAGUUUGUCAUCAUUGGAAGACGUAUUGUCAAUAAAUGCGGGGGGUUGCCUCUUGCUCUGAAGACAAUGGGUGGACUGCUGAGUUCAAAGCAACAAGUUGAGGAAUGGAAGGCCAUCGAAGAAAGUAACAUUGGGGAUAAUGUUGGAGGCAAACAUAAAGUCAUGCCCAUACUGAAGUUAAGCUACAAACACUUGUCAUCUGAAAUGAAGCAAUGCUUUGCAUUCUGUGCACUUUUCCCCAAGGAUUAUGAGAUGGAGAAGGAUAUGUUGAUCCAACUAUGGAUGGCAAAUGGCUUUAUUCAAGAAGAGGGAACAAUGGAUUUAACACAGAAAGGAGAAUUCAUUUUUCAUGAAUUGCUUUGGAGGUCCUUCCUGCAAGAAAUGAAAGUCAAAUAUGGUAUCUAUUAUAGCGGCACAGAACAUGAGACAAUAGUUUGUAAAAUGCAUGACUUGAUGCAUGACUUGGCCAGAGAAAUCACCAAUGAAUGUUCCACCAUAGAAGAAUUGAUUGAACAGAAAGCAAUGGUGAGAAAUGUCCGUCACCUGCAAUUGUCAAAGGUUAAAUUGGAAAAGAAAUGUGAGUUGUUCGAUGACAAAGUAUCUCUCCGCACUUUGUUAGCUACUUCAAGGAUACAUCAGGAUUUGAAACGGCUACCACAUGUAUCAUUACGAGCAUUACAGUGGAAGAGUGUUUGCACCAGUUUCAAGGCCGAAAAUGCAAAACAUUUACGGUAUCUUGACCUCUCCACUUGUAGUGUCGAUGCUAAAUUGCUACAUUCAGUAUGUCUAUUGUAUAACCUGCAAACAUUGAGGCUCAAUGAUUGCCUUGAGUUACAAGAGUUACCAGGAGACAUGAUGAUAAGCCUGGGAAAGCUCAUACAUCUUUAUCUUUUUGGAUGUGAUAAUUUGGAGGGGAUGCCUCGAAAAAUUGGUCAGCUGAACAACCUUCACACACUAACAACAUUCAUUGUGGAUACUAGAGAUGGUUGUGGUAUUGAGGAGCUCAAAGACUUGCGACACCUUAGCAAUAGGCUGGAACUGUACAACUUGAGAAAAAUAAAGUGUGCAAAGCAUGCAAAAGAAGCCAAUCUCCAUCAGAAGCAAAAUUUGAGUGAGUUGUUGUUCUCUUGGUGCCUUAGAAGAUUUGACAAUCUCGAAAAUGAAGCAUGCAACGAGGAGGAAGUGCUCCAGUCUCUAGAACCUCAUAGCAAGAUGCAAAUUUUGGAGUUAUAUGGAUAUGGUGGUCUGGAAAUACCACGAUGGAUGAGAGAUCCUCAGAUGUUUCAGUGCUUAAGAAAACUCAAGAUUUAUAACUUUAGAAGGUGUCAGAAUAUACCUGUAGUAUGGCUGUCACCCUCACUGGAGUACUUACGCUUGGUCGGAAUGGGUAAACUGAAGGCAUUAUGUGAUAACCUUUGCAUGGAAGGUAGAGGACACAAUACCUCUGUACAUAUUUUCCCAAACUUGAAGAAGAUGGCCUUGGUAGAGCUACAUAGUCUAGAGGCAUGGGCAGUAACCAGAGCGGGAGUGUCUAUUGAUAGCUUAGUAACAUUCCCAGUGCUUGAAGAGCUGAAAAUCGACGACUGCCCUAAGCUUGCAAGUAUUCCACUGAGCCCCGUUCUCAAAGACCUGACUAUUAGUGGGAAGGUUUCAUGGUCUGAGAAGGAGACCCUUCCGCUUCAGUGUUUACCUGAAAUUUUGCCUACAUCCCUUGAAAGUUUGCGCAUUGUGGGCUUCCGACAUUUGGUGGCGCCGUCUUGUAACCUUGGAGAUCUAGCAAAGCUGAGGCAUCUAUGGGUGCAUAACUGCAUUGGCCUGAAAGCGUUGCCUGAUGGGAUGGAUGGCCUCACUUCUCUUCGGGAAUUGAGGAUCAGAGCUUGUCCAGCGAUGGAGGAAUUCCCGAGUGGUCUCCUUCAGCGGUUGCCAGCCCUUGAAGUCCUAAGCAUAUCGGUCUGCCCCGAGUUGCAAAGACGAUGCAGAGAAGGUGGGGAGUAUUUCCACCACUUGGUCGCUAUCCCGUAUAAAUACAUUCCAGAGGAACCAGAAGCAGAACCAGAAUCAGCACCAAAAGCAGAAUCCAGCGAAAAGAGGUUUCCAAGAAGGCUCCUCCCCUGCUGUGUUCACUCGAAGUCUGACUCUGAAUCUGAUAAUAACUGAGGAUAACCAGAAGUAUGGUUCCAGCAUCGACCGCUGGUUCCUCCUGGGAUCAGGUUACAUCAGCCCAACUUGCAAGCAGAGCUCGGCCAUGAAAACUUUAAUUUCAUCUCUCAUUUCUCUGACCAAAUAUAUUUCCUCCAAGCGCUCAAGGUGAUUGGUCCAUUUAGAAGAUACCACUCGGUGAUGGCAGCGCAAGAAAAUCCAAGCUGUGAAGCAAAUCCGUAUGAAUGUGUACCCUGGUUGGCAUUUCUGAAAGCAUCCACAAAAUGGAGGAAGCAAUGCCAUGCCUGACAAGCAAAGUCAGAACUCCAUCGCGGCAUGUGAUGAGCGUUGUCUGAAAGAAGAUGCAACAAUGGGAACUAGAUCAUGCUCUGAAUGUCGUCGCUUUCCCCAGAGAUUUUCUCUACAUGUGUGCAUUAGUGCAGGCAGAUAUGUCUUGAUCCAUUUUCUCUACAUGUAAAUUUGCGAACUGUCCCUUGGCUCUCAGAGGAACGAAGCCCAUGUCUGUGUGCCCGGUAAUCUGACAUGUGAGUGAGAGCGUUUGUGUGUGUUUGCACAGCCCGUCCGUGUGAGUGUCAUUGUUGGGCAUUGCUGUGGUGUGGCUGAGGCCUGGAUAUAUAGGAGGCGUGUGUGGUGUAUAAAUGCAGGCGCUUGUCGAGUGUUUGUGUUUCGUCAGUCAAUGAAAUGGCAAUGUCUGAAUUCCUCUUGCAAACCCUGUCAAACUGCAACGUGGAAGCAAGAAUUACAAAUCAA